UCCCCUUCGCAUCCCCCCCCCCCAUCUCCCCCCCCCUCUCUCUACCUACCCUACCGACCGUCAUUCGUCCGCCCGCUCGUUCGUCCUCACGCGGUUGAUGCGUUCGGUAUUGUCCAGUCUGUAAAUAUACUGUCGUUCUCUGUAUACUAUCCAUCCAUCCACCCCUCAUCUAUCUAUCUACCUAUCACUCCCGUCGCCCGGCCCUCCCUGGAACUUGGAAUGCAAACGCCCGCCUAGCCAGAGACAGAACGUUCGCUUCGCUCCACCAGGCCGAUAAUGCCAUAAUGCCAUGACCACCCCGUAUCACUCGUCAUUAUCCUCGUCAGUAUCCGUAUCAUUAUUCCCCGCCAGCUCGGGAUCCCCCAUGGUCUUCACCACCAUUAUCGCCGUCGCGCAACCAUGGGAGUCGUCGUUGCGCUUUGGCAAGUGGCCGUAGACGUGACGCACUUUUGGCAACAGAAACUCCGCGAUUGGUACACACGCAAGACCCCCGUCGAACUAUGGCUCGAACUCCUACGCCAUGCCGAAGCCUUUGAAGAUUGGGAAGAAGCUGCCCUGCAUCUAGAUAACUUGCUUGGACUGGACUUAUGGAGAAACAACCCGACGUCCAAGUUCUACGACUACCGCCUCAUCAACGAGCGCCUCAACUCGUUGAUUACCGCAAGAGAGGACGGCAAUCUUAACAAGCUGGUCAACCUCCUCCGCUCCGGCCUGAUCCGAAACCUCGGCAACAUCACUGCGCCGACGCUAUACAACCGGUCCUUUGCCGGCACAAAAUACUUGAUCGAAGAAUACAUCACCCAAAUCGCUGAGGCGGUCGAGGACAUCACACAUCUGCCAACAACCCCAGGCUCCGACCACCAUGGAGCUCCCGUCGGGUUGACAAAUCAGAUGAAGUUGGAUUUCAUCCAUGACACUCGACAGGCUUUUGGAAGAAGCACACUUGUUCUCCAGGGCGGUGCCAUAUUCGGAGUCUGCCACCUCGGUGUCGUCAAGGCGCUAUUUCUGCGAGGCCUGCUCCCGCGGAUUAUUACCGGGACCGCGACGGGCGCUCUCAUUGCCGCCUUGGUGGCCAUCCACACCGAGGAAGAGCUUCCCAAUGUACUCAAAGGAGAGGGCAUCGACCUGUCGGCGUUUUCCGGCAAGUCGAGAGCCGAAAAGGGUCUGCAAAAGGACCAAUCCUACGCCACGAGGUGGAAUACCCUUUUGAGAAGACUGAAGAGAUUCUCCCGUGAGGGCUACUUUCUCGACGUCAAGGUUUUGGAGGACUGCGUGCGAGCCAAUGUGGGAGACUUGACUUUUGAAGAGGCAUAUAACCGAAGCAAGAGAGUCCUGAACAUCACUGUUGCUACUGCCGACCAGGGGGGCGUUCCGACACUGCUCAACUACCUGACGGCACCGAAUGUGCUUAUAUGGACUGCCGCAGUGGCUUCGAACGCAUCCACGGCCAGUCUUUAUGGUCACCGAGAGACGACGGUGCUUUGCAAAGAUGCACACGGGAACAUCGUCCCUUGGGCACCGGCGAAUACCAUCGACUUUCACCAUUGGACGCAUGUUUCGUAUUCAGAACGCGAGUCACCACUCCUCCGUAUAGCCGAGCUCUUUAACGUAAACCACUUCAUUGUCAGCCAGGCUCGACCGUACCUCAUUCCCUUUUUGCAAAGCGACAUGCACGGUCCAUCACUCAUGGAGUCGCGUAACAGCACGACGUCAAUCACGGCUUUCAUGGCCCGCAUGGUGGGCUUGGAGAUCAGGCAUCGCCUACGCCAGCUUGACACGCUGCGUCUCCUCCCGGCGGGUAUACGUCGCUUCCUUGUCGACGAACAAGUACCAGGGGCUUCGAUGACGCUAGUCCCCGAAGUGACGGCCGGUGACUUUGUGCGCUUGCUCGAGACGCCAACGAGGGAGACGUUGGAUUAUUGGAUCUCAAGGGGCGAGCGGAGUGUCUGGCCCGCCGUUGCCGCGCUUCGGAUUCGUUGCGCCGUCGAGAACGAGUUGGACAGGUCUUAUCAGACUGUCCGUCGAUUGAAGGCGGGUGGUCUCCGGAGGAAAGGUUCAACGGCAGCGGCAGCAACUAUGGAUAAUAGCAACAAAGAUCGGAGGGCGAGCAGUAUGGGGGCCGCAUAUUGAUGGCGCCGACCUGGAAGCAGGCUGCAAAUCGCAGCUGAUCGAAUUUACGCCAUGGGGAGGCCGCGCGCCUCGAGGUCUUGGAUACCAGUCCGAUGCAUGCAAAUCCCACGUUUAAUGCUCGAUGCAAUAGUGUCCUCCGUAUACAAGGCGUAUUGGAAGUUGGGGGCGGGCGGCUUACGUACAGCAUGUGCAGAUGCAAGUCAGCCGUGGUUGGGCUGAAGCGGGAUGAUUGUGACGAACAUUAAACCGUUGUGGCGUUUGGGGUCUGAAGAUGAAUGCGCAGCCAGGUGUAAGAGCGUGCAGAUGAUGCGUUGGUGUUGAUGAUGAUUAGGAUGUACCAUGUACUGCUGCCGUCCUUAGGCCGUCGGUCGGGCUGCCUGCAGGCUGAAAGACAGGGUGGGUGCAGGAGGAUUUAGGUCGGCCAGGAUGCAGGGAGACGCAGGUGUCCGUAGCUUUGUGUAUGGCGGAAAGACGCGUCCCACUGGUGAGUCGGGAUGACCAAAUGACCAGCAACCCUAGGAAGUUCAUGGCCAAAUCCGGCGACCGACGACGGUGAAGGUGCAUUCGACGAGGAUGACCGCUCAGGAGCCCAAUGCCUUUCUGCGUACCCUCGGUGCGUGUGCGUGAAUGCUACGCAUGUCUCUCUGCUUGUAAUGGCCUACGAUGCUGUAUUUGCCCCCCUUCCCCCCUCUCAGGGUUCGAGUCUCGAUGGCCGCAAAGCCUUGCCAAUGUUCCUGGGUGGUUCCCUAGGGACAGCAGAUGUGCGUCGGACUGGCAAACGUACACUGUGUAUGCAUGUGUAAUAUGGUGUGUGUAUGUGUGUGUGUGUCUUGGACGAGGAUGGCGGAACAGGGGCUGCUGCAGGCGAUCCGCGCGCUAGGGACCUUCUCGAAGCCUUCUCGAAGCCUGGAGGAUGGACGGUGGGGUCUCUCGUCACUGGUCAGGAAAAGACUCCGCCAAAAACCCGGGCAUGUUGGCCAUCUUGGCUCGCUUGUGGGAAAACGGCACCGCGACUUCGAGGGAGGAAGGAUUGGCAGGCGGGGGCAGGAAGUAUUUCGCGCAGUGGUCACGAGGGGAUCGGGUGGGUUGGGAUGCGUGAAUAUUGGGAUUCCCGCGAGGCGAGUCGUCUCCUUCAAUCGAUUGGCGAGGGUUGGACGUCGGAGAAGGGCUCCGGUCGAGGAUCAGGAAUUAAGGCACCUUUUUCCCCUUGGUUGUCGUCUCCCGAAUCUCUCUCGGUGUCACCAGCCAUGCUCUCGGUGUUGCCAACAUGGCUGACGGUGUCCUAGGGCGACGCGCUUGGCAGAUAUGCUGCAGCGGAUGAUAGGACUUUGCGUCCUAGGGCGUCCUGUAUUGGGGGAUGUGGAGAGGUGCCCCGGCAGUCCUAGGACUGUCGCCCGAGAAUAGUGGGACGACAGCUCCGGGGAUUGGACCCGCCGUUGGGGACAGGCCGGGUCCGUGCCGUCAGGUGAGGGUGAAUGCAUCAGGGAUCGUUUCCCUGGGAUGAUGUGGCGUGGCAGUC